CUUGUUUCCUGGAUGUUACAGAAGAACUUCCAGCAUGUCCCCCUGCGUGGACUGCGUGGGGUUUCUGGUGGGAAUUCAUGAAAUAACUGCGGGUUUGGGUGAUUCGUGGAGACGCACCUGUGUUAGUUUGCUAAUUAUCGCGGAUGAAAGCAGCCAAUCACCGCAUCAAACCGCCAGUCAAUCAAAGCGCCUCGUCAGUUUUCUGCUUCUUCCAGCUUUAGUUGUGCGCUCAGAGUUUUGCUCGCUCCUGCAGCCGCAGCAGCUGUGAGCUAGGUGGCCGCAGUCCCGCAUUUAUCACGCAGCCAGCCGCGCAUCCAGGCAGGCAGCGCCGCGCAGGGGCUCCGUCCUGCGCACCGGGGAUCUCCAGCAGCCGCCGCCGACAGGAGCGCACUGCCAGCCGGCGUGGGAGCAGCGCGCAUCCCGCCUGGACUCUCCCUCUGAAACACUCAGCUUUUUCUUUUCUUUUCUUUUCUCUUGUUUUUUUGGGUUUUUGCGGCUGGAGAAGAAGAGCGAGUGAGUGCGGAGUGAGGGGGGGAACACGCGAAAACACUCCCCUCUCUCUUCUCUUCUUUUAUUUCCUGUCAGUUUGUUUUAUUUCCUGCUGCCAGAAACCAGGAACCGGGACUGAAGCGAGCCGCAGCGCGGAGGAUGAAGCCGAACUAGCCCCGCUGGUCGCGGCUCCGCGCUCCUUUUUCUGGAUUUAUUCCGCUGUGGAGGAAAAAAAGCGAAAGAAGCGACCCGCGGAUGGCCGCGUUGGGGACGGACAAGGAGCUGAGCGACCUGCUGGAUUUCAGCGCGAUGCCAAACAGCGAUUUGAAAAUGUUCCCAACAUCCAUGAUGUUUUCCCCUCCUGUUAGCAGUGGAAAGAACGGACCCACCUCCCUGGGGAGCGGACAUUUCUCCGGCUCAAGUAUGGAGGAAAGAACAAAUGCAGCUUCAUGGGCGAGUGGAAGUCGUUCCUCUAAGAGUUACGCCGAUGGAUCGCAGUUCAUGGCGUCACAUGACAGCCUCUCGCCUCCGUACUCAAACUCCAGGCUAACAGGCGCGGAUCGGAUGCUUGGUUUUGGCUGUUUGUGUCUGCGAGUGGAGAAACGCCAGCCGGCGUCUGCUCGUUUACCCAGGAUGCUCUCUGCCUCUGGCGCCAGUU